AUGUCAUCUUCUUUUACAGAACGCACUUCUAUUCAUUUUAUCUUCGCCUCUGGGGAGCACUUUGCUUGUGUUCAGACUAGCGUACCAUCCUCUCAGUUUGCAGAGAAUCUUCCUCGGAAUUUCUGCCUGUCUUAUGUCAACCACAGCUGGUGUUGCAGAACCGCUGAGGAAGGCAGUCAGCAGUCAUUACGUUCAUUUGUACAGUCUAUCUGCUGGGAUGACAAUGAUGUGUCUACAACGAUCAAACGUUGUAAUCAGGUAGCCAUUGAGCAAGUUCGCAACUACGUCCUUCAUGCUCGCAGGUGCGAAAACGAAGGUCUUAACUGCGAAGACGGCGACGAGGCUGCGGGUGACGACGGCAAGAGUUUUAGAGAAUCGAAUAGGGCCGACAAUCGCGAAGAAUCGAACGGGGCCGUGGGUAGUGACGACGACGAGGGAUCCGUGGAUGACGACGACAGGGACGACGACGACGACAAAGGGGACAAAGAAUCGAAUGGGACCAUGGGUAGUGACGACGACGAGGGAUCCGUGGAUGACGACGACAGGGACGACGACGACGACAAAGGGGACAAAGAAUCGAAUGGGACCAUGGGUAGUGACGACGACGAGGGAUCCGUGGAUGACGAGGACGGCGACGACGGGAACGAUGACAAAGGGGAUGGGGAGGCCAGUCUUAAAAGGAGUCAGGAGCUCAGCAAAAGUUUCGUUUGCGCUUUUCAGAAGGCUCUCUCCAUUUCCGUUGAGGAUUCGGCUGAUCUCCCAUCCCUUGACACACACAAUAAGGACAUUUCGACAGAUGGGCCCGGCACAUCCCUCUCCUUCCGCGCGUUAUUACUUUCUGUGGAAUAUCAAAGGACAUCACUUCAACUGGAUUUCUCUGUAAAGAAAUCAAGGUUCCUUGCAUUUUGCUUUUAUAUGAUCGCGAAGCAUUUAACGCUAGGCAAACACAAAACAUGGCGAAAGAAACUAUGGCUGGAAUUACACUCCAGCAGCGUUGAGAAAUCACCGGAACGAAUGUACAAGUAUGUAUAUGACAUUAGUCGGCUGUCUGGACCUUCUCGAGCCUUGUCAAUCGAGAAAAUAGUUGGGGCUCUUCGGCAAUGGAACGGGCCCUUUGCUCGUCAGCCGUCGUUUGAUGUACCCCGUAUAGUAGUCGGGUUUAGCGAAGAUGCUAACACCGAAUCAAUAUGCGAGGCUAUCGGAUUUGUUGAGCAAAAUUCUCACGCUUCUGCUACCAAUCGGGGAAGCCCGGAUUUAUGUGGAAAUAGCCAGGAUAUCCACCCCGAGAUGAGUCGGAAGCGGGCAUCUUCUUCCAAAAAGGAUUCUCCUGCCAAGAGAAGAUGCCACCGGCGAAAGGAACAAGCUUGUCACUCACAAGACAAGACAGGGCAUACAGCCAGCACUGGGAACACAAAUGGACAAAGCACUCCAUUAAAUGCACCUGAGGUAUGCCAGGUCGCGACAGAAGGUUUGACAUCUGUGGAAGGCUAUACCAGUUUUCCGAGCAAUACCGAAAACAACACCAAUGUCCACCGAGCGCCGUCCGACAGAUUCCGGAUCAGACCUGUUUCCGACUUAAGCACCUCGACUAUUACAGGCUUCAAUGAUCCUGCACGGCAAACGUCCGCCAACCACCUGGGCACAUCCUCAACAAGCUCAAUAUCCGCUGACAACUCGCUGUACUACAACGGUCCUGGUGGCUCAGGUGUUCUUGAGCGCCACAAUGAUUCUAUUUCGAACCAAAUUCAAUUAGCAGUCAGCGCAAAUGACCAUGGUGGCCUCGUCGAAAAUGAUACAGAUGUUCCGUCGCAUGCCCCUCGCCCGAUCGUCGAUGCCCACAUGGCACAAUAUACAGUAUCCCCACAGGAUUCAGUACCACGGAUGCAAGACAUCGAUGUUACAAAUGAUAUAGUCAGAAUAUCCCCCCGGCCAGAGGAAAUGACUGGGCUGGUUUCUGUGACAAACGCCGCGGGCAACAUAUCGAACUUCGAAGAUAACUCUUUCACUUCUUUCCAACCACACGAUCCUAAUGAGGAGCCUCCGCUGGCUUCCCAGAGUCAUUCCCAAAACAUGCCUCAGGGAGCUCGGCUGAUGACUUCUCAUGUGCCAAUGAUUGAUACAACACGAUACUCGCAAAGCAUGGACGGCCAAAUUCUGCAGGGCUCUGAAGUACAGCAAUUGAUGACUUCCCAUGUGCCAAUGAUUGAUACAACACGAUACUCGCAAAGCAUGGACGGCCAAAUUCUGCAGGGCUCUGAAGUACAGCAAUUGAUGACUUCCCAUGUGCCAAUGAUUGAUACAACACGAUACUCGCAAAGCAUGGACGGCCAAAUUCUGCAGGGCUCUGAAGUACAGCAAUUGAUGACUUCCCAUGUGCCAAUGAUUGAUACAACGCGAUACUCGCAAAGCAUGGACGGCCAAAUUCUGCAGGGCUCUGAAGUACAGCAAUUGAUGACUUCCCAUGUGCCAAUGAUUGAUACAACACGAUACUCGCAAAGCAUGGAGCUGAUGGAUUCAAGAUUUUAUUCCCCUAAUAUACAACAUUCUAUUCCGCAGAGUACGAAUACAUCAAUCCACCCUCAAUUCCUCCAAGAAGCGGAUGGCUCCUACAACCAAUUCAGCUCUUUUCAUCAGCCUGUAUAG